AUGGGAAUACAACACGCCGGAAUCCGAAUUCUGGCGAUCACGGUAUUCAUCCUCGUAGUUGCCCCUGUUUCCAAUUCCCGCAACAUCCACAGAAUUACAAUCGAAGGUUUCAAUCAAAGAUUCCAACCAAAACACCAUUCCUAUUCCAAGCAUCCAUGGCAUACAACAGCAGCAGCAGCUCCUAAAGAAUCCAGGAAUUACAACACCGACCCGAUUACCGGUGUUUCAAAAAGGGAAACUCCCGGUGGCCCAAACCCUCUUCACAACUGA